GAGAUGACAGAGUUGCACCAGGCAGCUGCAGCGGGCGACUUUGACCGAGUUGAGGAGAUCCUGAAACAAAAUGAAUGCAAUCCCAACCAGAGAGAUAUCGACUGGAGCUACAAGACUCCUCUUCACUGGGCAGCAGCUAAAGGUCAUACAGAAACAGUGAGGAUCCUCAUUGAACAUGGAGCCAGGCCGUGUCUGAGGACGGAGCAUGGAUGGACCCCUGCCCACUCGGCUGCAGAGUCCGGCCGGCUGGCAGUGCUGCGGCUGCUGCACUCCCUGCAUGCCCCUAUAGACAAGGAGGACUGCUGUGGAGACAAACCAGUGCGGAUAGCUGAAAUAUACGGACACCAGGACUGCGUUCGAUUUCUUAAAAAAGCAGAAAUUGAAUGCCAGGCCUACCGCAAGAUGGCAACCCAGAAAGGGAUUUCACUGGAUGACACGGACGAGGAGUGGGCAGAGCAGGGCAAAGAAAAUGAAGCAAACAGGAUCUCUAGCAACAUUCAGACGUAGGAUGAACUCAUCUUUUCACAAAUAAGAGUUGUCAGUGUUUCAGUGCUUUAUUAGUAAUGGAUAACACACACAGUAUUGCUCAAACCACAUCUGAACUUUAUAUGUAAUUUAAUUUAUAGCAAUGAAUAAAGAAUACAAGUUGGAAGUGUUUUAGGGAUGCACAUUAAUAUCGGCACGUCAUCGGUAUUGGCUGAUAUCGGCUUUAGAAUUAACUGUCAGAAUCUGCCAACAUGCCUAUUCUUAUUUUGCACAAUGAAUGAAUAUUAUAUACACUGAAGAGCAUGACAUAGUGGACUAUCAGAAUAGGAGUAUACAUGCAUAAUAUGAUUUUAAUUCCACUACAGAAGAGACUUGAUCACUAAAAUUAAGUGGGGAAAAAAGUAGAUAUAGGCCCUUUUACUGUUAGUAAAGUAUGACGUUUUUGGGUGGGCGGUGCUUAGCUGGAGGCAAAACAAUUCUCCACAGACAUUAGCCAGUGCUAGCUAGCAAGUUCUGUUGGCUUGUUUUAGACAAUGGAGGAAGAUGAUUCAAGUGGUGCACUCAGUAAUAUUCAUUCCGAGUGCCGGUGCACUCUCCGGCACAAACUGGACUGUUCAUAAAUAAGCUGUCAGACUGUGGCUGGGGAGAUGGAGCAGCAGAGUACCAAGCAAAGUGAAUACGUGAUUAACUUUGUUAAUUCAUUUAGAAAUAUAACGCUCCGUUUCUUCGACCAACAGGGCUCUCAUUUUAGGGUAGAGCGUCAUACUGAAAUUAUAAAUGCACCAUGUCAGGUCACUCACUCUCCGGGACCAGGAGUGUUACUAGAGUAAGUAAACACUGACCCACGGGACCAGACUGGCCGACCCGUAUGCUCUCACUCAGUGGAUGGAUGAUGUCACAGGAAGCUUUGUGGUUGAUUACUAUGCCAAUCUUACAAAGGAAGACGACACUUGAACAGUUUUCUCCAGUUUGUUUUGCUAUUGAAGCUAACGUUAGCUAAUGUGCUAAAAGUUAACUUUACUUAGAAAUCCAAUAUCUCUCUUAAUACCUCCCCAGUUUCUGAUGAGGUGGACAUGAUAACCCUUAAUACACAUAACGUCAUUUAUCCUUACAACAGGAAAUACCUUUUCCCAAACCUGACUUGAAGUGUGUGCUGCACAUGCAAGCAUUUUUCAUGAUCCGUCCAGUCCCUUCGUCUUAUCGCAUUUAACCAAAGUGGUCUUUGUUUUUUAAGACCUCUACGUAGCCUACUGCCCUGAGGCGGGGAGUCAUGUUUUGCCUCCAGCGAAUCCAAUAACCAAAAUCCAACAUUGUGCAUCCCUAAAACAUUUCCUGUCAAAAACAAACAAUGUACAGUGGAUUGUAUCACAGGUAAUGAAUCAAAAUAACAACAAAAUCAUCAAGUGCAUGUAAAUAAGGCUUAUGAAGCGAAUAUCUGCAAUUGUAUGUGUAAAAUGUAGUUUGUUUAGAUUGCAGUGCAGCUAUUUGAGACUAUUUUUACUUCUUCCCACUUGAGUCUAACUUGAUGGUGCUGUCAGUAGUCGAUGCCAGAGGCUAGAGAGCAGAGGAGAAGGAUGUGUAAAAUGAAUCCACAAUCAUUAUUGUAUUUUAAAUAUGAAUAAACCCAGUCAUAGCACACUUACUUUUCUCUUCAGAUGAUUCAGCAGUGCUUCACGUGUCUGUCAACAUUGGAUUAA